ACAGAAUAGAUGUCAAUAGAACAAAUGUCAUCGAUCGAAGCUCCGACUUUUACAGAAAAAAUAAAAAAACGCGACAAGUUUUGUGUGAAAUUCGUAUUUUUUUUUAUUUAAGACAAAACACCUAACAGUCAAGCUCAUGGGUGCGUCGUGGUCUGGUAAAGGCUCUUGGUUUAGUUCGGCCAGCCCAGCAAAAGAGGGAAAAGCGACAAUCAAUGGACAAUACCAGAAGCAACCAAGAUUAGAUCCCCGUAGACUUGCUUCGCAAUUCGUUUACACCAGGAAAGGUUCCAUGUAUUUUGAUGAAGAUGGUGAUUUAGCUCAUGAAUUUUAUGAAGAGGUAAAGGUUGAAAAUUCACAGACCACAACCAUGAGGAGGAAAUUAGGCAAUCUGAGGCCUCAGGGCACAGUAUACUACCCCAACCCAAGACUCCAUGUUGACUUUCCAAUACCAAUGUAUUCACCAAUUGAAAAGUAGAACUUUUUUGGUUUUCUCAUGUAAAUAACCAGGGUUAGACUCAAAGUCCCGUGUGUAUGUACCUAUAAUCUAAUUUCGUUGUGUCAUGAAAGACAUGUUGUAUUUCUUAUUUAGCUGUGCACAGCAAUUCCUUUUUUUUCUUUCAAAGCCUUCAGUCAGGUUUGGUGCACAUGCUGACUGGUGUAGCAGCUCUCCAGUUCAUAUUUGAACUGUGUAAAGAGCUCUAUUAAUGUAGGAAAAAAUUAGUCUGUUUGAGAGAGUAAGCUUCAUAGGUUGACCUACCUUAUACAAAAUGGAACUUCAUGGAACUGAUGUCCUCCCAUUCAGCUACAGAUUGUAAAUGGUUUUUCAUAUUGGCCCUCUGUUUUUCAAUGAUUUUUUAUGGAUGCAAAAUAGCAGUGCUGAGUUCUUGAAUCCAACUCAAAUGCUUUUCUAACCAUCAAAUCUUUAAAUAUAUGACGUUUUUCAAAACAAGAA